UUGAAGCGAAGCAUUUGAUCCGCAAAACCGUUGAACCUUCCGUCGUCCUACACAGCAGGUAUAUAUGGCCAUCUCUUCUUCCAUCCUAGCUCUCGGCGAGCUGGCGUGAGCAUCCACUCGUCUUUGCAGAUAUCGCUGCUGCGAUCUUGUGAUCAUGGCCGCCAGCAUCGAAACAGCCAAGGAACUCGACCAAGCAGAGAAGGAGUCGACCACGCAGGCCGCGACCGAACCUCAGGCCGAGGAGAAAAAGGAGGGCGAAGGUGGCUGGGGGGCUUAUAAGCGCAUUUUUCAAUAUGCCGGUGCCUUCGAGUACACCCUCCAGGGUAUCGCCGUCCUUUGCGCCAUUGCUUCCGGCGCCGGCAUCGCCCUGCAGAACCUGAUCUUUGGCGCGUUUGUGACUGUAAUCACAGACUACACUGCAGGACAUUCAUCGACUGAUGUGUUCCUUGACGACGUCGCAGGGCUCGCCCUCUACUUUGUCUAUCUCGGGAUUGGCAGAUUCGCCCUCUCGUACAUAUACAACACCCUCCUGACCUACGUUAGCCACCGAAUUGUGCGCAACAUCCGCCAUACUUAUGUCAAGGCCGCCCUCAGCCAGGAAGUGGCCUAUUUCGAUUUCGGCACCGGGGGUUCUAUUGCGACACAAGCCACGUCCAACGGUCGACUGAUCCAGGGCGGCAUCUCGGAGAAGCUCGGCCUCACAUUUCAGGGACUGGCCGCUUUCGUCACCGCAUUCGUCGUUGCCUUCGCUACGCAAUGGAAGCUAACACUUAUCACGCUAUGCAUUGCCCCGGCCAAUAUUAUCACCAUGGGUGUGGUUGCUACCAUUGAGGCCGGCCACGAGACCAAAAUUCUUGAUAUGUAUGCCCAGGCCAACUCAUUCGCCGAGGGUGUCCUUGCCAGCGCCCGUACAGUUCAUGCUUUCGAGAUGCGGACUAGGCUGGUGGCCAAGUUUGACGGCUAUCUCUCCGAGGCACACCGGGUGGGGAAUAAGAUUUCGCCCCUUUUCGGCGCCCUCUUCUCGAUCGAGUACACCAUCAUCUACCUGGGCUUCGGUCUUGCCUUCUGGCAAGGCGUUCAGAUGCUCGCAAGAGGCGAGAUUGACACUCCCGGCCAGAUCUUCACUGUGCUGUUGUCCGUCGCUAUUGGUUCCAUCCAAAUCACCAUGCUGGCGCCCUACUCCAUCGAGUUCACUCGCGCAGCUGCGUCUGCCGCUUCGCUCUUCAAGCUCAUGGACAGGGAAUCAGCCAUCAACCCUUUUGACAAGUCCGGUGAGCAGCCGUCCGAAAUUACCGGCUUGGUCGAGCUUGAGGACGUCACGUUUGCCUAUCCUACCCGCCCUGGUACCACCGUCUUGGAUAACUUCUCGCUUACGGUACCCGCCGGCAAGGUCACCGCUCUUGUGGGACAAAGCGGUUCUGGGAAGAGUACCAUCGUCGGCUUGAUCGAGCGAUGGUAUACUCCCUCCUCAGGAGGCAUCAAGCUAGAUGGACGGCCCAUCGAUAGUCUGAAUCUGAAUUGGCUUCGGAACAACGUCCGACUUGUCCAGCAAGAACCGGUCUUGUUCCAGGGGUCUGUCUUCGACAACAUUGCCUAUGGUCUCGUCGGCACACCCUGGGAAAAGGCCAGCCGAGAGGAGCAGAUGGCCCAGGUACGGGAAGCAGCUACCACGGCAUUUGCUCACGACUUUAUAUCCGCGCUACCUAACGGAUACGAUACCGACAUCGGGCAACGCGGAAGCCUCCUGUCCGGGGGCCAGAAGCAACGGGUAGCCAUCGCUCGCAGCAUUAUCUCACGCCCCAAGGUCCUUCUCCUCGACGAAGCAACGAGCGCACUCGAUCCCCAUGCCGAAGGAAUCGUGCAGCAAGCAUUGGACCGCGCGGCCGAGGGACGCACAACCAUUGUGAUCGCCCACAAGCUGGCCACAAUUCGCAAGGCAGACAACAUUGUUGUUAUGUCCAAGGGCCGCAUCGUCGAGCAGGGCACGCACGAAGGAUUGAUUGCCCAUGACGGCACAUACGCUCGGCUCGUCCGUAUCCAAGAUUUGGCUGUCGGCUCCACCGGUGCCUCGUCGGAUGCCGAGGAGGACACCGCUGGUGAUGAGGGAGGCCACCCUGCCGAGCUUACUAAAACCAUGACCCGAUACGCCACCGAGGACCAGGCCCGCCUGGAGGCACAGAAGAAUCGCGACAACUUUGAUGACCACAAACAUCUAGGCUUGAUCGCGGUUAUCCUCCGCCUCAUCAAGUACAGCCCAGAGCUGAGAAUGUGGUAUCUUUCGGUACUGGCGUCCUGCGUCGCCGCCGCGGGUGUCUUCCCUGGCCAAGCCAUCUUACUCUCCAGGAUGAUGGACGUCUUCACCUUGACGGGCGAGGCUUUGAAGGAACGCGGCAACUUCUUUGCAUCCAUGUUUAUCGUCUUGGCCGCCGGCUGCCUCGUCUUCUACUUUGUCCUGGGCUGGUCGGUGAACGUCGUCGCUCAGACCCUCUCCCACAACCUCCGGAGGCAGACCUUUAGUGACAUUUUGCGCCAAGAUCUUCAAUUUUUCGACCGUCCCGACAAUAACACCGGCGCACUGGCGAGCCGGGUCGACUCGAAUCCCCAGUCCGUCUUUGAGUUGAUGGGUUUCAACGUCGCGCUUGUCGUCAUCGCGGUUCUCAAUGUUGCCGCCUGUAGCAUCUUGGGUCUUGUCCACAGCUGGAAGUUGGGCGUGGUAAUUGUCUUUGGCGGAUUGCCUCCCCUGCUCGGUGCUGGGUGGCUCAAGAUUCGGCUGGACAUGAAGAUGGAUCACGACAGCUCCAAGAGAAGCGCGGUUAGCGCGUCGAUUGCAUCUGAGGCGAUCACCGCCAUCCGCACGGUCUCUUCACUGGCCAUCGAAGAGCGUGUUCUGUCCCGGUACACGGCCGAGCUGGAUCACGCAGUGGCCGAUACGGUCAAGCCCCUGGCGAGUGUAAUGGUCUGCUUUGCUCUGACGCAGGCCAUCGAGUAUUGGUUCAUGGCUUUGGGUUUCUGGUAUGGCUGCCGCCUGGUUGCCUUCAAUGAAACAUCCAUGUACAACUUCUUCGUCGCCUUCAUGGCCGUCUUUUUCUCCGGCCAGGCAACCGCGCAGAUGUUUCAGUUCUCCACUAGCAUCACCAAGGGAAAGAACGCGGCAAACUACAUCUUCUGGCUCUCCGAGCUGCAGCCGACCGUUAGGGAGACCGACCAGAACCGCAGCAACGGUCCAAAGUCUGGUGGGCCCAUCGUGUUGGACAAUGUGCGGUUCUCGUACCCGUUACGGCCAGACGCCGUAGUGCUUCGAGGGGUAGAUCUAGAAAUUAAAAAAGGCCAGUUUGUGGCAGUGGUUGGUGCUUCUGGUUGCGGCAAAUCGACUGUCGUUGCCAUGUUGGAGCGCUUUUAUGAUCCGUCCACCGGCAACAUCAGGAUCGAUGGUGACGUCCUGAGCGAGCUCAACCCGAAACUCUACCGUCGCAUCGUGGCCCUUGUUCAACAGGAACCUACCCUUUUCCAGGGCUCCAUUCGGGAGAACAUCGCUCUCGGUAUUGAUGACCCGACAGUUGACACGUCAGCUAUUUACACGGCGAACCCAGGCCCCGCAGUUCCCGACUCCCAGAUCGAAGCGGCCCUCCGUGCAGCCAACGCUUGGGAGUUUGUCUCCUCGCUUCCGGAUGGGUUGGCUACCGCGGCGGGUUCCAAUGGCACACAACUCUCGGGUGGCCAGCGUCAGCGCAUUGCCAUCGCCCGAUCACUGGUUCGAGAUCCCAAGAUUCUACUACUGGACGAGGCCACUAGUGCGCUCGACACAGAGAGUGAGAAGAUUGUCCAGAAUGCACUCGCCGAGGCGGCCAAGGCUGGGGACCGCAUCACUAUCGCCGUGGCUCAUCGCCUCUCGACCAUCAAGGACGCCGACGUGAUUUGUGUGUUCCAUGGGGGCAAGAUCGUAGAGAAGGGUACGCACGAGGAGCUGAUCGCGCUAGGGGGAAUGUAUCGCAAGAUGUGUGAGGCGCAGAACUUGGAUUAGGAUGGUGACUAGGAGGUAGAUACUGCCUUGAUGUCACCGCGAGAGGUGAAUAAUAAUUAGACAAGGGGUCAGCUUUGUAAUAAUAUAUACCAACUUCGAGCUCAAUCCGCCAUUACGUACACGCAACACUGUUCUUCCCCAGAGGGCGACAACACAAGCCACAGAAGUGCCCACGUUUCAGCUGUCC